AUGACCGAUUUAGAAGCCAACAAGGCUUCAAGCCUGGGAAACGACCAUCUCCCCGAGCACAAGGUCAGCGAGAAUGGCACCGAACUCUGUGGCUCGAAUGCUGCUUGUCAGGAGGACAAGGACCAGCACAGGUCGGCUUUUCACCAGCUUGGACUCCUGGAUCGGUUCCUGGCUAUUUGGAUCUUUCUUGCUAUGGCUAUAGGUAUUAUAUUGGGAAACUUCGUGCCGAGUACAGGGCCUGCGUUGCAGAGGGGGAAAUUCGUUGGAGUGUCCGUGCCCAUUGCUGUCGGGCUACUGGUUAUGAUGUACCCUAUCUUGUGCAAAGUACGAUAUGAAACGCUGCACCGGACGCUUCGACAGAAGGCAUUGUGGGUCCAGAUUGGGUUCAGUCUUGUUGUCAAUUGGAUCGUCGCCCCUUUUUUCAUGUUGGCGCUGGCAUGGGCAUUCUUGCCGGAUGAGAAGGGAUUGAGAGAGGGGCUGAUCUUGGUAGGAAUUGCACGAUGCAUUGCCAUGGUGCUCAUUUGGACAGGUCUUGCGGGUGGAGAUAAUGAGUAUUGCGCCAUUCUAGUCGCCAUCAAUUCCGUCCUGCAGAUGGUGCUGUUUGCACCGCUUGCCAUAUUCUUCAUCAAUGUCAUCAGUGACGACGAUAUUGAUCUGGAGUAUUCACUAGCUGCGAAGAGCGUGGGUGUCUUCCUCGGCAUACCACUCGGCGCAGCGAUAGUGACGCGAUUCGGGCUACGCAAUCUGAUCGGAGGGAAAUGGUAUGAGAAGAAGUUCCUUGUGUGGAUCAGCCCGUUGUCUCUCAUUGGGUUGCUCUUCACAAUCAUCGUCUUGUUCGCGUCGCAGGGUCGACAGGUCGUUCAUCAGAUUGUUUCUGUGGUUCGAGUGGCGGCGCCUCUGGUAGUAUACUUUGCAGUGAUCUUCCUGGCAACCCUGAUGAUAACCCGGCGCUUUGGCUUUGGAUACGAGCUGUCCUGCACGCAGAGCUUCACGGCAGCGAGCAACAACUUCGAGCUGGCAAUCGCAGUGGCAAUCGCUACUUUUGGAGUCAAUAGCGAUCAAGCAUUGGCGGCCACUGUCGGUCCCCUCGUUGAGGUCCCUGUGUUGUUGGGGUUGGUGUAUGCCGUCAAGUGGUAUGGCAAGCGGAAGAGUUGGUAG